GACUGAAAAUGUAGUAUAGUACCCUCAGAUUUUGUUUUAAGUUAGCACACAAGUCAGAAUAGUCUAUUUAUUCCUUCAACAGUUUCCAAAAACUUCUUUAUUCAUUUCUAAAUCCUUCUUUUUCCCUUUGAAGGGAAACCUUAAUCAUUCUUUUUAGUACUUCAGAAGAUAAGCAAUGUUCCCUCAGAGAAUGUUCAACCCUCCUCUUCCUCCUACUAAAUAUACUUCUUCUUUGUACACACGGGUUCCUGCAGGAUCAAUUUUUAACACACAACACUUUUCUCAUAACACAAAUCUUCACAUGCAUAUUUAGUUCAUAGCUUUUUUUCUCUGUCUGCACUAUCAUAUCAUCAAGUGUGUCUCUCUGCUGCUUCUCUUCUGCAUCACCAUCAUUUUCUUCAAUUCCUGAAGUUAGUUCCCUUUGAUAUUUGAUCUGGGUCACCUUCUUUUUUCUUCUGGGACCAGUUUUCACCUCACCCUAUUUUGCACUGCUUGCUUUGUGUUUGUGACUUCGUCUCACCAAAAUCUCAGAAUUCAAGAGAAUUUCCCUUGGGUUUUGUUCUCUGUAUUCAAAUUUGGUGCCAAGUUUGUUCAUUUUGGAUGUAACUAUGUAAGUAAAACAACCACUGCAUAGACACCUUGCUUUUGGUUUUGAGGUCACUUUGUUGCAAUUUGAGUUGUGGGGGGUAUUGGGAUUUAUUUUGUAUUUGGGAAAUGAAACAUAUAGUGUUGUAGGGUGAUUCAUAAUGGGAUCUCAAGGUGGGACAACCCAAGACCAAGAGCCAAAGACUGGUUCUUUGACCAGGCAAGGGUCUUUGUACAAUCUCACCCUUGAUGAGGUGCAAAACCAGCUUGGAAAUUUAGGGAAACCCUUAGGAAGCAUGAAUCUUGAUGAGCUGCUCAAGAGUGUGUGGACUGCUGAAUCUGGAACUGAUGCUUACAUGCAGCAUGGUGGUCAGGUGGCUUCUGCUGGCUCAUCUUUGAACCCACAAGGGAGCCUAACAUUGAGUGGGAAUCUUAGCAAGAAAACUAUUGAUGAGGUUUGGAGAGAUAUGCAACAAAAGAAGAGUGUUGGUAAGGAAAGACAGCCUACACUUGGUGAGAUGACCCUGGAGGAUUUCUUGGUGAAGGCUGGUGUGGCUACUGAACCUUUUCCCAAUGAGGAUGGUGCCAUGGCCAUGUCAGGGGUUGAUUCCCAACACAACACAUCACAACAUGCCCAUUGGAUGCAAUACCAGCUCACUUCAGUUCAGCAGCAGCCACAGCAACAACAGCAUCAGCAUCAAAAUCAGCAGAAUAGUGUGAUGCUGGGUUUUUCGGGUUUUAUGACUGGCCAUGCGGUUCAACAGCCUAUACCGAUUGUGGUGAAUACGGUUCUGGAUGCAGGAUACUCAGAAGCAUUGCCAUCUUCUUUGAUGGGUGCCUUGUCUGAUUCACAAACUGCAGGUAGGAAAAGGGAUGCCUCAGGUAACGUUGUUGAGAAAACUGUAGAGAGGAGGCAGAAGAGGAUGAUAAAAAAUAGGGAAUCUGCAGCUCGGUCCCGGGCUAGAAAACAGGCUUACACACAAGAGCUGGAGAUUAAAGUUUCCCAAUUAGAAGAAGAGAAUGAAAGGCUUAGAAGACAGAAUGAGAUAGAGAGGGCAUUGCCAAGUGCGCCACCACCUGACCCUAAGCAUCAGCUUCGCAGAACUAGUUCAGCUCCCCUUUGAUGGUUUUAUUGCAAAUGAAUUCCUACCAAACUUUGAUGCACUUCCAUAGUUCUCAUAUGCAAUGUUUGGCACUCAAGCUUCCAACAUUUGGAAGGUUAUUUUUCUCUGGGAAGUUCUGCUAUUUAUUCUCCUCGGCGUGUCCCCUUGUAAGAGUGUUUUCCUAUAUGUACAUUUUAUAAGCCCCACUUCCAACUUACCAAGCACUAUAAAUAUGCUUUAGUCUAAUUUUGAACACAUUACGUUACGGCUUUACUACCUUUUUUAGGACAAACCUUAGGUGCAAUAGAUGUUUUGGUGUUGUUCUCCAAUUAAAAUUGAAGUUUUAUGUUAAUAACCCGUGCUUUAAAGGUCGGCAUUAAAGGUUGAUGCCUGUUUCUGAGAUGAAAUUUGAAUUUCAAUUGAGGAACAGAAUCAAUAGUGCACUUAAA